ACGUCAUCAUUUUUUAAAAAGCCCACGAUAACGCGUGUUUGGUUCCAGUGCUAAAUUGUUCAAGAAAUGUUCUAUUUAAGAAAGAGUUAUUUUACAUUCAGGAUUUUGCAUAACCAAAUUCACCAUAUGCAUAAUUUUAUUCAUUUCUGUCGGUCAUAAGGCUUAUGAUUCAUUGGCAACUCAACAUUUAACAAUAACUCAACAAUAACUCGCAAUGGGGUGUGGUACCUCGCAAGAAAAGUCUGAUCCACAACUCGAACCAGAGACAACGAGUGUGACCACUUCUAUCGAUCCAUCGGAAGCGGACCGCGAUGAGGACAGUUUCGCAGUUCCUACCUCCCAGAAUGUAUCUAGUGGAUCAGAGUCCGAAUCUAUGCCUAGAUCUCGCACUUCCGUUAAAGGACGUAAACUUGUAAAACAACAAGGACUUGUGAAAUCUGGCACUUCCGUCAAAGACCAUAAAAAUGUGAAAUCUCUCACUCCCGGUGAAGAACAGGGACGUGUGAAAUCUCGCACUCACAGUCGAGAACAUGGAUUCGUAAAAUCUCCCACGCCCAGUGAAGAAUAUGUACAUGUGAAAUCUCACUCUCCCAGGAAAGAACAGGAACAUGUGAAAUCUAGCUCUCCCAGUGAAAAACACGGACAUAUGAAAUCGCGUACUCCCGUUGAAGAACAGGGACAUGUGCAAUCUCCCGCGCCCAGUGAAGAGUAUGUAUAUGUGAAAUCUCCCACUCCCAGGAAAGAACACGGACAUGUGAAAUCUAGCUAUCCCGAUGAAGAACGGGGACAUGUGCAAUCUCCAGCACCCAGUGAAGAGCAUGGACAUGUGAAAUCUCCCACUCCCAGGAAAGCGCAUACACAUGUGAAAUCUCCCACUGCCAGUCAAGAAUAUGGACUUGUGCAAUCUCCCACUCUCAGUCAAGAACAUGGACUUGUGCAAUCACCCACGCCCAGUGAAAAGCGUGUGCAUGUCAAAUCGCGUUCUCCCAGGAAAGAACACGGACAUGUGAAAUCUCCCACUCCCAAUCAAAAACAUGGACUUGUUCAAUCUCCCACUCCCAGUCAAAAACAUGGACUUGUUCAGUCUCCCGUUUCCAGUAAAGAACGUGGCCUUGUUCAAUCUCCCACUCCCAGUCAAAAACAUGGACUUGUUCAGUCUCCCGUUUCCAGUAAAGAACGUGGACUUGUUCAAUCUCCCACUCCCAGUCAAAAACAUGGACUUGUUCAAUCUCCCACUUCCAGCCAAGAACAUGGACUUGUGCAAUCUCCCACUCCUAGCGACGAACAUGGAAUUGUGGUGAAAUCUCCCACUGCUGUUCGCAAAACCAGUAAAGAACAGGGACUUGUGAAAUAUCGCACUGCCAGUAAAGAAAAGGGACUUGUGAAAUCUCGCACUUCCAGCAAAGAACUGGGACUUGUGAAAUCUCGCACUUCCAGCAAAGAACAGGUACAAGCGAAAUCUCGCCCUUCCAACAAACAACAGGGACAUGUGCGAUCUCCCACCCCUAGUCAAAAGCAUGGACUUGUUCAAUCUCCCACUUCCAGUCAAGAACAUGGACUUGUGCAAUCUCCCACUCCCAGCGACGAACAUGGACUUGUGCUGAAAUCUCCCAGAGCUAGUCAAGAAAAUGGACUUGUGCAAUCUCGCAAAGCCAGUAAAGAACAGGGACUUGUGAAAUCUCGCACUUCCAGUAAAGAACAGGGCCUUGUGAAAUCUCGCACUUCCAGCAAAGAACAGGCAAACGUAAAAUCUCACCCUCCCAGCAAACAACAGGGACACGUGAAAUCUCCCACUGCCAGCAAAGAGCAGGGACACGUGAAAUCUCGCACUUCCAGCAAACAACACAAGGCUGUACCACAACUUGAACAGGAAUCGGAAAGACAGGAUGCAGCCGAUGCUGUGGACGUGCCAUCUGAUGAAGACCUUUACGCACUCGCUCCCUCCAGAUCUCAAUCUGGUGAAAAUUCUGACGUCAAGCAAGGAUAUUGCACUUCCAGUGACUCCGAAGAUGACCUUCCUCAAAGUAAACAAGUACGUGUACGACGCGACCAUAGCGUAAAGAUCACUAUAACCACCUCUGAAGGUGUUUCUGGAGCAGAAACACGGUCUUACCGGAAAGAUAAUAAAAGAUCGCAGUUUUACAAGCUUUCGGUCGAUUUACGCGAUGAAUCGAAGCGCAGUCGAUCUUCACCUUGGAAGGACCCAACACAACAGACAAUGCAGAAAACACAGAAAAAACAAAAAACACAGAAAGAGGAACUUUACACGGAUCCGGAAUUCCCACAGAAAGUUGCAAUGGACAAUGUCAAACUCCCGGAUGAGAACUAUGUAGUAGGAUGGAAGAGACCCGGGGAGAUUUACAACAAUCCUGUGCUGUUUUCAGAGAAGCCGGACUACAAUAUAAAGCCAUAUAACACUGGUCGGAAACAAGACAGAACCAGUAGGUUUUUGUCCAUGGUUGCUAAUUUGACAGCAGGAUUUAAUUGGCUUGUUACUCAAGAUCACUUCCCGGAAGAUGCUUGGGAACCGAAAACGGGAGUUUUUAAAUGCAGGCUUUUCGAUUUUGGUCAGUGGGAGACAAUUUGCACUGACGACUAUCUUCCUGUGUUUGGUAAUAAACCCGUCUGGGGAGCCGUACCCCACGAGGAGCUGUGGGUGGCACUGAUUGCGAAAUGUUUUGCAAGGUUGAAUGGCAGUUACGAUUCUAUCAUCCACUGUCUGGCUGCGGAUGCGUACGUGGCUCUCACCGGAGGCCUAGCCGAUAGGCUGGACUAUGUCAAGCAGAACGAAUCAUAUGUAAUCGACCGUAUCUGUUAUGCCUUACAGUCUAUGUCGGUGAUCACAUGCUAUAGCCAGAGCAAUGCUCAUGGAUUGGUUGAACAACAUACAUAUUUAAUAAAUGGUUUGAGAGUGGUCAACAAAGAUGAUGACAAGAUGUAUUUACUUAAAAUGAAAAAUGUGUUUGGAGUCGGCGAAUGGACAGGUCCAUGGAGCAGAGGGUCUGAAGAAUGGAACGAUGUGCAAGAAGAUAAUUUUGACAACUAUGCGAAAACCAGAAUGAAUGAACUGAAAGAGUUCUGGAUAUGUGUAUCUGACUUUAAUAAGUACUUUGCGCCUCCGACGAUUUGUAAUCCCCUUAUACAUGUUGACUCGCAUUUUCUUUGCAAACCAUUUGAUCACCUUACAACUAUCUAUGGCCAAUGGAAAGAUUCAUCAAACACGUGUGACAUUUACUUCACCGUAUCAGAAACUGGUAUGUGUUAUAAAAACUUCGUUCCAAUGUACGUACAGCUUAUGCAAGAAAGAACACGAAGAGGCGACCGGCUUGGCAUUAAAUGCGAAAUGUUCACGUGCAACGGUUCUGAAGUGGAGUUGAUGAAAGAUAGCCAAAAGAACUAUGGAUCUGGAAUUCAGGUGUCACAGCUGUACAAACUUCAGCCCAAUGUACGAUAUAUGCUUCGACCGAAAGCCUACAAACUAGUGCCAGGAAGACAGUUCCUGAUUCGAUUAUUCACAGCUGAACCAUUAACAGAAUUGAAGUACAUGUAAGUAACUGUUUUUAUAGAUUCAG